AUGGAUCAGUCACGCAGUUACACUAAUCAUACUAUUACUAACAUCAACACCAAUAACGGUAAUAACAGUACAGAAGAUGUAUCAGUGAAUGUUUUCUCUGUGACUCCUUACCCGCCCAGCAACUCCGAUAUCGAAGUGUCCGAUGGUGACAAAGCUGGAGCUACCUUGUUGUUUUCUGGUGUCUUCUUGGGCUUGGUUGGAAUAACCUUUACGGUUAUGGGAUGGAUCAAAUAUGACGGAAGUACAUACUUCGAAUGGACUCAGCUACUCGGACCCAUCCUCCUGUCUGUCGGAGUCACAUUUGUCUUAAUCGCUGUCUGCAAGUUCAGGAUGCUCACAUGUAAGACAUGCAAGCAGGCUGACGACAGGGUGACAGAGGGGGAGCAGCCACCCUGUGGUCAGUCCUUUGUUUUUACGGGUAUUAAUCAACCCAUAACGUUCCAUGGAGCUACUGUGGUCCAGUACCUUCCCCCUCCACAUGGCUCCCCGGCACAGGAUGGCAAUGUCAUGACCGCGGCUUCAGCACCUUCUGCAAACAGGUCUCAGAGCAGUACCCCACAGACCGGGGCACCAGGAACCACGAUAUGCCCCCCACAAUACUUCACAAUAUUCCCCCUGGAUAAUCCGUCCUUUGUUGGUGAAGAACACUGCCCCCCUUACCAGAGAUCAAACAUCGAUGAUUGCAGGGUUGAUGAGACGCAAGAGGAGCUGGAUGAGAAAACUACAGGAGACGAGCCACCAGAAAACCUCGCUCCGCCCGCUUAUGAAGAAAUAUUCUCGCUUUCCUUGUCAUCUGACAGCACCACAUAG